AUGGGAUCCAAGCAGAACUGGCGGACGUUGGCGCGUAACAUGGCAACCAAAACGCACAGCUCCAUCUACACGCUCGAUUUGCGCAACCACGGCACUUCUCCACACGCAACGCCUCACGACUACGCUCACAUGGCAGCGGAUGUAUCUCAAUUCAUCGAAUCGCACAACCUCCACAACGUCACCCUCCUCGGACAUUCGAUGGGCGGUAAAGUCGUGAUGGCGUUAGCGCUAGCACAGCCGCAUCUCCUCCGUCGUCUCAUCGUCGCUGAUAUGUCGCCGCAGAGAGCAUCCAUAUCGGAAGAGUUCCUCGCUUAUACGCAGACUAUGGUAGACAUCGAACACGCUAACGUGCGUUCCAAGAAGGAGGCUGACGAGAUGCUCAAAAAGGUCGAAAGCAAUAUGGCUAUAAGACAAUUCCUUCUCACUAACGCGGAGAUGAAUAAGGAUACUGGCUUCUACAAAUUCAGAAUCCCUGUCGAUAUCCUCCGCGAUUCUAUAGACGCUAUCGGUGACUUCCCUUUCGGCGAGCAGAGCAAUGCAGUGUUUGAUAAACCUACAACUUUUAUCAAGGGCGAGCAUAGCAGUUAUCUCAACCACAAGAAUAUCCCACUCGCCAAGCGCUUCUUCCCCAAUAUGCAGCUACAUACACUCAACGCUGGCCACUUUGUGCACACGGAGAAACCUGCUGACUUUGUCGAGCUGGUGCGGGAAGCUGUUGAGAAUGACCGGGCGUUGUAA